AUGUUUCGCUUUUUCCAAUGUGUGCCGAGUAUACUCAGGCGAGCGGCUCCUGUAGCCCACCCCUUCGCUGUCCCUCGUAGAUGCGUGUCCACGGCGGUUAAGAGCGCGCCUACCACCACCCCGCCUCCGUCGCUUCCCUCAUCACCGCUGAAGAUCACGCUGCGCGAGUACCAGGAGGAAUGCAUCCAGUCGGUGCUGGCCUACCUCGCAAAGGGUCACAAGAGGCUCGGCGUGUCGCUAGCCACCGGAUCCGGCAAGACAGUCAUCUUCACACAUCUCAUCGACCGACUCCCUGCCACCGGAGAUGCCUCCCAAACGCUUAUAUUGGCCCACCGCCGCGAGCUGGUGGAACAGGCCGCUCGUCAUUGCGCCCUCGCAUACCCCAACAAGCACGUCGACCUCGAGAUGGGCAACCACCGUGCUUCUGGGACAGCCGAUAUUACCGUCGCAUCCAUACAGAGCAUCAUGUCUAGUGGCAGAGUCGCCAAGUUUGAUCCGGCUCGGUACAAGCUCGUACUGGUCGAUGAAGCCCACCACAUAGUGAGCCAACAGUAUCUGGAUCUGUUGGAACACUUUGGUUUGCGCCACACUGCCGAUUGGAAAAAGGUGCCAGCUCCUGCCCUAGUGGGUGUCUCUGCCACCUUUUCACGGUUUGAUGGCCGCAAGCUUGGCGCAGUCAUUGACCACAUAGUUUACCACAGGGACUAUGUGGACAUGAUCGAGGAUAACUGGCUUUCCGAUGUCGUCUUCACCACGGUCGAGAUCAAGGCCGAUCUAAAUACGGUGAGCACGACUGCAAAUGGCGACUUUAAGACGGCUGCCCUAUCUCGAGUCGUCAAUACAGAACAGACCAACGAUCUCCUGAUCAAAGCGUGGCUGGCGAAAGCCCAAAGCCGCAACUCCACUAUCGUCUUCUGUGUUGACCUCAGCCACGUUUCCAAUUUGACUGCAAGAUUCCGCCAGCAUGGCAUUGCCGCCGAAUUCGUGACCGGCGAUACCCCAAGCAAAAUACGCAGUGCCAGGGUUGACGCCUUCAGAAGAGGCGACUUUCCGGUGCUGCUCAACUGUGGUGUCUUCACUGAAGGGACGGAUAUCCCCAACAUUGAUUGCGUCCUGCUAGCACGACCGACGAAGUCGCGUAAUCUACUGGUUCAGAUGAUUGGAAGAGGCAUGCGUUUGCAUCCUGGCAAAGAGAAUUGCCAUAUUAUCGACAUGGUAUCAGCUUUGAGCACUGGUGUCGUAUCUACGCCAACAUUGUUUGGUCUCGACCCUGCUGAGAUCCUUGAAAAGGCUAAUACUAAAGACAUGAUGGAACUCAAAGAACGGAAAGAGGAGGAGAGCAAGCGAGAACAGGCGGCAGCUGACACCGCUGCAAGACCUCUCUCGGCCAAGCCUCCUGGGUCCAUCACCUUCACUGAUUAUGACUCUGUGCACGAUUUGAUCGCAGAUACAUCGAGCGACCACGUCAUACGAAGAAUUAGCCAGCUCGCUUGGGUUGCCGUUGGUGAGGGUAGGUUUGUCCUCUCUACCAAUGGCGGUGCCUACCUUGUCAUUGAUCCAACGGGCAACGAUAAUCAGACUUUCCGUGUCAAGCAUUACUGGAGACUCCCAGCUGGCACUAGAUCGAAGAGCCCGUAUGCCACACCUAGAGUGAUCGCACAAAGUGACAGCUUCGAACAUGUGGUCCAUGCAGCAGACACCUUCGCAAUGGAAGCCUUCGAGUUUAUCUGGAUCUCCAAAAACCAACCCUGGCGUCGUAGCCCAGCAUCCCAAACACAGAUUGACUACCUCAAUAAGUUCCGUCCAGAAGAAGAUCACCUAAAAUCAAAGGACCUCACCAAAGGCAAGGCAGGGGAUAUGAUCACAAGAAUCAAACAUGGGACGACGGGUAAAUUCAAGAAAGCUCAUGCGAAACAAAAGAGUGCACUGAAGGUACAAGAAAGAGCCGACACUUUGAAGGAUCGGCUGCAAGGCCAGACACGGGUUGGUCCUUUGUCCGCGAAUAACUUCCGAGGGCUUUCUGAGUGA